AUGGGUGAGUCAAAAUCUUUGAUGCUAUGCAAUGAGGAAAUGCUUCAGCUAACUUCUGAUUCCGACUUAAAUUUUAAGGUUUUGAAUGCUAUUGAUUUUCUUGAAAAGAAAUAUACUCCACAAGGCACAUAUGCAAAAUACAGUUUAGAUGCCUACAAGCACAUGCCAGUGCACACAUUGAAUGUAGAAGGGAAAGAAAUUUUGUUUUUAGUAGAUUCUGGUGCAGGAAACUCUGUGAUCAAAUUACAUGAGUUGAGUGAGAUGCCAGAAAUGAGUGGUAGAUCCCUGAAUUCAGUUGGAGCGUCUGGGAUUAUCGUGAAAGAAAAAUUUACAGCACCCUUAAGGUGUGUUGAGAAUAACCAACAGUCAUUCACAUUUUCUUUUCUGCUUUCUGAAUGCUGCCCGAUUAAUUUGAUGGGCAGGGAUUUGAUCUGCAAAUUGGGAAUAAACCUAAUUAGCACCCCAAACGGAUUAAAAGUGUGUAGAAGUCAAAUAGGUGAAUUUCAGGGCGUUAAGUGGGACCCCAGACCUCUGUUGUAUGUGUAUGAGUGGGAACUCAGCACCUCUUCUGUGAAUUCAGUGAAUCAAGCACUCUUGGAUAAGGCCUAUGAUGUUACUAACCCUACACGCACACAAUACAUGAACACACAUGAUCUGCACUGCACAGCACACACACACACAGGGCCUGAUGUAGUUUAUGAACAAGAGUGGUUUGAAAUGCAGCCAAAAGCUGAUGUGUUGUUACUGACAAAGUUGUAUUGGGAUAAUUACAGAUGUACUGCAGAAGUGAAUCUUUCUAGUAUAAAUGUGAAGCCGGGGAAGGCCCAUCCGUUCACUAUAGAGAAUUCACACCCACAUGUGUCUUUAUCAAAAGGUGAAACAGAGAAAUGGGAAGAUUUAGGGAUGUGGACAUUAAAAUGUGUGAAAGCUGAUGAUUGGAAACCCAGUUCAGAUCCCACAGUGUUGUACAGCGAGAAAACUAAAUCCUAUUGCAUGCACUUGAAUUGGAUGGCUUUUGUUGACAGAACAGUUGAGAUAAUGCCACAGGCAGACACAGAUGUACUGAAAACAAUGUGGCAGAUGACACACAUUUCUGGGGAAGAUCCCCGAUUACAAGCAGUUCCUAGAGAACUUUGGGCAACAGGGAAAUAUGAUGUAGGUCUGAUCAAAAAUUGUGCACCGGUGCAGAUAACACCUAAAUCGGAUUACAGACCUUGCAAAACUCAGUACCCCUUAAAGCCAGAGGCUAUUAGGGGUAUCACACCAGUGUUUAAUUCACUGCUUGAAUCUGGAGUGAUUGUGCCAUGUGAAACCUCCCCAGUGAGAACACCUAUUUUUCCAGUGAGGAAACCUAGGCCUCUGGGUGAACCAGAGGAGUGGCGUUUUGUCCAAGAUUUGCAAGUAGUGAAUGAUGCAGUAAUUCCAAGAGCUCCAAAUGUGCCAAACCCUCACACAAUCUUGUCUCAGAUUCCACCAGAAAGCAAGUGGUUUUCUGUGGUAGACUUAGCUAAUGCUUUUUUCAGUGUACCAGUUCAUCCAGACAGCCAGUUUUGGUUUGCGUUUUCUUUCAAUGGAAAGCCGUACACUUUUACCAGAUUGUGUCAGGGAUUUUGCGAAUCUCCAACUAUUUACAAUGAAGCUCUUAAAAACAGUCUUGAAUCUCUGACGCUGACCCCAGGGUCAGCAAUUCUUCAAUAUAUGGACGACUGCAUGAUUGCAGCGCCAUCUAAAGAGCAAUGUGAAAAAGACACUAUUGCGUUACUUUGUCAUCUAGCGGAGGAAGGUCACUUCUCUGCUAAAUUGGAUCCAGUAGCGGCAGGCCUGCCAAUGUGUUUAAGAGCAGUAGCAGCAGCUGAGAAAGCGGUUAAUGCUUCUAGAGAUAUUGUGGGAUACAGUGAACUAACUCUUUUGGUCCCACAUGCAGUGUCGCUUCUUCUUCUUGAACAGAAAACAGCACAUAUGUCUGCGGCACGUUGGCUGCGAUAUCACACUAUUUUGCUUGACAUGCCAAAUGUGAAAGUAAAACGCUGUACUGUGUUAAACCCUGCAACUCUUCUCCCUACAGAAGCAGAUGGAGAACCACACAAUUGUGUUGCGGUUGUAAAUGAAAUUUGCAGUCCUAGGUCUGAUUUGCAGGAAACGCCUUUGCAGAAUCCAGAUCUUGAGUUUUUUGUGGAUGGAUCAGCCUUCAGAGAUCAGAAAACAGGCCGCAACUGCGUGGGGUAUGCAGUAGUGACACAACAUGAAACGGUUAAAGCAGAAUCAUUACCAGAGCAUCUCUCUGCGCAGGCAGCCGAAUUGGUUGCUUUAACAACAGCAUGCAGGUUAGCAAGAGACAAAACUGUCACCAUUUAUACUGACAGUAGAUAUGCAUUUGGGGUAGUACAUGAUUUUGGUACAUUGUGGAAAAACAGAGGUUUCCUGACCUCUUCAGGUAAAGCAAUCACGCACAAUGGCCUGAUUUCUGAACUCCUGGAUGCAAUCCUGUUGCCAAAAUCUAUUGCCAUAUGUAAGUGUGAAGCACACACUGGGAAACAUGACCCCAUUUCACAGGGCAAUGCGCAAGCAGAUGCAGCAGCAAAAUCAGCUGCGCAGAAACUGAUUUUUUCGUCAGAGAACGACGAAACUUUGUGUAUGUUGCAAAUAUGUACUCCCACAGCAGAUCUCAAAAAUCUUCAAUCACAGUCUACAGCCCAAGAAAGAGCCACAUGGAGGAAAGCAGGAGGUGUGGUAAGAGAUGGGGUUUGGUACGGCCCUGAUGACAAGCCAUGUUUGCCAAAGAAAUUGUUUCAAUUCUAUGCUAAAUUGGCGCAUGGCCAAGACCAUGCGUCAAAAGGGGGGAUGUAUAACAGUGUCUCCAGAUACUGGCACACUAAGGGCUUUGCAAACUAUUCCCAGAAGUUUUGUGAGAAAUGUAUAGUGUGUGCAACAAACAACAUUGGCCGAGGCGUUAAAGUCUCCCAGAGCGCCCAUCCUCCGCCACAGCGACCAUUUGAACACCUUCAGAUGGACUUUAUUGAACUGACACCCAGUGAAGGCAAAAAAUACUGUUUGGUGAUAGUGGACAUGUUCUCUAAGUGGGUGGAAGCUUUCCCCACUUCCAAACAGGAUGCAAGUGCAGUAGCUAAAGCACUCCUGUCUGAAAUUAUUCCUCGUUGGGGAAUCCCUGACAAAAUCAGUAGUGACAAUGGGACUCCAUUUGUAAACCAAGCACUUCGACGGGUGGGAGAGUACUUGGGUAUAGAUCUCAGACAACACUGUGCGUACCACCCUGCCAGCGGAGGGGCGGUGGAGCGAGAAAAUGGUACGCUAAAGAAUAAAUUGGCCAAGUGCUGUGAUGAAACAGGUCUAUCAUGGGUAAAGGCCCUUCCCAUUGUGUUAUUAUACAUGAGAACGAGAACUAGAGGGAGAGUGAAUUUAAGCCCAUUUGAGAUACUGUUUGGCAGACCCCCAAAUACAGGAAUUGAGCCUGGACACACACCCAGAUUAACCACAAGCCAAUGUGAAGAUGAAAUGCUGUGUUAUUGUGCAAACUUGUCCUCUGUUUUGUCUCAAAUCCAUAAGCAGGUGAAGGAAGCACUGCCUAAGGUGACGCAAACAGAUCUGCACAGUCUCAAACCAGGUGACUGGGUGGUGGUGAAGGAUUUCAGGAGGAAAAGCUGGAGAGCCAGGCGGUGGCUGGGACCAUUUCAGGUACUUCUGACCACGCAGACUGCGGUGAAGGUUGCAGAGAGAGCAACGUGGAUUCACGUUAGCCAUUGUAAGCGGGUUCCUGAGCCAGAGGAAAAACCAACACCCGACAGCUGCAAAGAGGAAUGAGAAGGGGCAUCAGGGCACACGGUGACGUGCUAGUAACCUCUCCCGUGAGCUCCAACUGACUUUCCACGACGCGUAUAGUGUCUGAGUCAGAAGAAAACCCUGAUACAACGCAGCAGCCGACACCGAGAAGGAGCAGCGUCAUCUGAAGGAGUAACAUCGACACACACACACACAUAUGAAUGUAAACACAAA